CCGCUCCACCACCAGAGGGCAGUGUCGAGUCUGGCGAUGAAUCAUCCAUAAUAACCCAGGCAGCCCCGCUGUUGUCCUGACCCGCAUUCGGCCGCACUGUACCCGGCAUGGGGGCAGGACGCAGCACGCACCGUGGAAGUGGCUCUGACAGCGACCGGCACACAGCCGUCUGUUAGCGGAAGGAAGAGGGGCACCAGUGGAGGGGAAGCUCGGACGCCUUCUGAGACGUUUCGUAACUUCACCAAAACGUCACCGUGGAGUUAUUGAGUCUGUUUGGCUGAUUGGAGAACUGGCUUCCGCAGCUCGUGGGUCCAUGACGAUGACGUCUGUUUUGUUUGAUGAGCCGUUUUACUGCCGUGUUCCAGACACCUUUUGGAAACAGUUAAGGUGGAACCACUGAAGAAACUUCCUGUUCAAGUCAAGUCGGAUCUUCAGUUGUUUCUUUUUUUUUUUUUGCUUUUUCCCUUACAAAAGACCACUCAGACUUCCUCAGAUUGUGCUGAAACGGACACUAUUGUAUUCAUUCUCUAGUUGAAAAGACACCAGCAUUAUUUUUUGUCUGAAUGAUACAAGAAUAAUUGACGGACCUACUUACCUCCAAUCAUUUUCUCGUCCAUCUACUCAGAAGAAGCCUCUGCUUUCUACCUCGGAAAAAAUAAGGACAUCAAGCAAUUAUUAUCUAAUAGCAUUUUUUAUUUUUUAUUUGUACAUGUCUAUAAAUACCUCAGGGAUACUUUCCCACCACCUACCUCUUCCAUCAAAACAGCCAACUCCGACUGGAACACAGCAAAUCUAAAUCUAAACCCGUGACCUCUAACUGCUGUUACCGUGACAACCUGGAUUGCCUCUCAAACUCUCCUCUCUGAUUGUUAGAAACUCACACCACCUGCGAGCCUGGACCUGGUCAUUGCAUAAAAUACACCAGCAGGAGCCUCACCUGUCCCAAUAACACACCUGUCAGACAACAAAAUACCUCAGCAGACAAACCCUCAUCACACUCCAGGAAACAGAAAGGAAGUUCAUUCAGAACUCCGGUGCUUGGAUGUACCCAAUGGACCACCCAUGUCACGAUCUUCCACAUGCCUUAGAGACUGGAAUAUAGCAACCGUAGCCAAGAAGUCCUCCUGAGAAGCAUUUCGGACUCCGCACGGUGAACAUCUAUCUUCCAUGCUCUUUUCAACAAGUCUCAUAAUACACAAGCCUGAACGUUGAAGUGGUGGCACAGAUAAAGCUAUUGACCCAGAGGCCUUCAGAAGAGCCCUCAGAACAUUCUACUCCAGCUUCCUCUCAACCUCUGGAGACAGAAACAAUGCAGGCUUCUUGACAAACUCGAAACAUCCCGAUUAGCAAGUCAAACGUCAGAGGAGCCAUCCGGUGUUGCACAAAACGACGCACGGAAAGACGCCGAAAAGUGGAGAAAGGAAUGCAUCGCACCAGUUCCAUUGGCAGCAAAACAGGCCCAGAACAAAAUACUACCACCACCAUGCUUGAAGCUGCUGUUGGGCCCACCAUGCUCCUACAAGCCCACGGCUUCAACCAUUCCCCGGUGGCUGCCUAUUGAGGGAUCCGCGGGCCAAUCCUGAACGGGCUGGCAAGGUCGGCCUCAUUGUCCUGUGAUUGGCUGCUGGAUGGGACUGAGGCUGAAUGGAGCCAGCGUCCAAGAAGAAGAAUAGCAACUCGUCAGAGAAAGAUGAGAAAGGGUGGCUUGAUGUGCCGAAGAGAAAGAGGAAGAACAGCCAGUCUUCAAUAAAGAGCAUGUCUGCUCUUAGCAUCUCUGUUCCAGGGUACAUCCCCAGCUACCUGGAGAAGGACGAGCCGUGCGUGGUGUGUGGCGACAAGGCGACCGGCUACCACUACCGCUGCAUCACGUGCGAGGGCUGCAAGGGUUUCUUCCGUCGAACCAUCCAGAAGAACCUCCACCCGUCGUACACGUGCAAAUAUGAAGGCUGCUGCAUCAUCGACAAGAUCACCCGCAACCAGUGCCAGCUGUGCCGAUUUAAAAAGUGCACCUCUGUGGGCAUGGCCAUGGACUUGGUCCUGGAUGACUCCAAGCGUGUGGCCAAGCGGCGUCUCAUCGAGGAAAACCGUGAGAAAAGAAAAAGGGAGGAGUUGGUGCGGACAUUGCAGGUCAGGCCGGAGCCGAACACCACGGAGUGGGAGCUGAUCCGCAUGGUAACGGAUGCCCAUCGGAACACCAACGCACAGGGAUCCACCUGGAAACAAAAGCGCAAGUUUCUGUCAGAUGAUAUUGGCCAGGGCAAAGUGGUGCCCACGUCCGAAGGAGAUAAGGUGGACCUGGAAGCCUUCAGUGAGUUCACCAAGAUCAUGACACCGGCCAUCACACGUGUGGUGGACUUCGCCAAAAAACUGCCCAUGUUCUCAGAGCUUCCUUGUGAGGACCAGAUCAUCUUGUUGAAAGGCUGCUGCAUGGAGAUCAUGUCGCUACGCGCCGCCGUUCGCUACGAUCCGGACAGCGAGACGCUGACGCUGAACGGCGAAAUGGCCGUCAAGCGUGAGCAGCUGAAGAACGGGGGGCUGGGCGUGGUGUCGGACGCCAUCUUUGAUCUGGGCAAGAGCCUGGCACACUUUAAUCUGGACGACUCCGAGGUGGCGCUGAUGCAGGCCGUCCUACUCAUGAGCUCAGAUCGCUCUGGGCUGACGAGUGUAGAGAAGAUCGAGCAGUGCCAGGAGGCGUACCUGCUGGCGUUCGAGCACUACAUCAACCACCGCAAGCACAACAUUCCUCACUUCUGGCCCAAGCUGCUGAUGAAGGUAACAGACCUGCGCAUGAUCGGAGCGUGUCACGCCAGCCGCUUCCUCCACAUGAAGGUGGAGUGUCCCAACGAACUCUUUCCGCCGCUCUUCUUGGAGGUCUUCGAGGACCAGGACGUGUAACUGAACUAAGGCUACCCCUCUUGACACUAAAAAAAACAAACAUAGGUGGAGGGGGUACAUUUGGUAAGAAGAAGUAGGAGAAAGCUAAUUUUUUUUUUUCAUUAUCUAAUGGGAACACACCCUAGGAACAUUUACCCAGGGCUCGGGGGUCCCACGCCCGCCACCUACCACCAGCACUCGACAGCGCAAGUGAGAAAAAACAAUGUGGCUUCUAUGUCUUGUCACUUUAAAAUGUUCAGUACAGUUAUCUAAACCACACUCAAGUCAAACUGUAUGCAGACACACACACACACACCUCACAACUGUAGUUUCCUCAUCAUGAUCUCAGACAAUCCACUCCAUAAGCUUCUUUGCACCUUCCGUAUCAGCAGCAGCGCUCUCUGCAGCCAUGACAGUGUUUGUCAACCUACCUCCCCUCACAUACUGACCUCUCAAUGUAUCUCGCACACACACACGAUCCAAAACACACAUGCGACACCUGCACUUUUUACCUCAUAGCUUGUAAAAUAUAGUGUCUUAUUUAUCGGUGGUUUAUACUUUUAGUAGUUAGACGCAGUAUAAAAGCCCGACUUGCAAUAUAAUAUCAUGUAAUGGUUGUGAUACGCCGGAGCACAACUCUCAGCUUUUCUUCUGUGUGAAAAAAAAUUAAUAUAAACGCACACCUUAUAUUUUUCUACCCAUAAUCAGUGACGGCUGGUGCAGUUUUUAAUGUGGAUCUGGAGACCACAUCAGAAUUAUUGCAAGCAAGCACACAACUCAUUUUGCAUAUCAAUAUUUCAAUCCAACAUGAGCUGUAAAACAUAAUAAUAAUAGUAUUAAUAAUAGUAAUAAGCGUUUAUUUAUUAAGAUGUCCGUAUUGAUCUUAUUUGGGUGUUGACAAGGAAGCUAAUUGGAAAGACAAAGUAGACUUGUAGGAAUCCAAGUGUCACUUUAGUAGGGGUGGUCAAUAUUGCACAUUUUGGUAUCGAUCCGAUACUAAAUAAAUAUUGAAAAUAACAAUAUUUUUGACUUGUAAA